AUGUUGUCCCGUAUUGUUAUCUUCAUCGCAGGGAUCCUUUCCCUCCUUGUCCCUGCGUAUUCCCUCUCGGACACGACCAUGCGUGGGCGUGCUCGCUUAAACUGUGUCGUUCCGGCUGGAGAUUCAACCAGUGUUGAUGAUGUUCCCGCCAUUCUUGAAGCCUUGAAAACAUGUGGCAAUGGCGGGCGUGUGAGUUUCAGCAAUACAACGUACCACAUCAACUCAGUUAUGAAUACAACAUGGCUGAACGAUGUUGAAAUUGACCUGCAAGGGACACUUCUGUGGAGCACGAACAUUUCUUAUUGGCUUGCCAAUUCCCUGGAUGUCGGCUACCAGAACCAAUCCACCGCUUGGAUCCUGGGUGGCAAGGACAUUGUGUUUGACGGACACGGAUACGGGACUUUUAAUGGCAGUGGGCCAGUGUGGUAUAGCUAUGCCUCCGGAGUGUCGAACUAUCCGCGUCGACCGCAUCAGUUGACUAUCACGGCGAAAGACUCAACAUUCAAGGGGUUGAGAUUUGUGCAGAGUCAGAUGUGGACCAUGUCUAUCAUUUACUCCGAGAACCUGCUCUUCGAUUCUGUUUAUGUCAAUAAUCUCAACACUAAUGGGGGGUCCUCUAGGAACACCGAUGGCGCAAACACCAUCCGCAGCCGCGGAAUCACCUUCACCAACUGGCUCGUCGUUAAUGGCGAUGACAGCAUCAGUUUAAAGGGUAACUCGUCUGACAUUACCAUCGCCGAUUCGGCUUUUUCCACGGGGCUAGGCAUCUCGAUCGGCAGCAUCGGACAAUACAAAGACGAGUUUGAGACGGUGGAAAAUGUCCGGGUCACGAAUUGCACGUACAAGAAGACCACUCAUGCUGUAUAUGUCAAGACAUGGACUGACGACCAGGUUGGAUACCCACCAAAUGGUGGUGGUGGUGGUCUUGGAUACAUUUCCGACCUCAAAGCUACGGAUCUGACGUUCGACAACCUCAAGGGUACCCCUUUCACCGUCUCACAAUGCACAACAUUCUCAGGCGCUUCCGGGAACUGCACGAACUCCAAGUUCCAGGUCAAAGAUCUGUUCUUCGGUGAUAUUUCGGGCACGCUACCGUCGGCUAAUGUCAUUAGCUUUCAGUGCAGCGCGGUUGCUCCAUGCGAGAACAUCACAGUUGAGGAUACUAGUCUGCGAAUCACCGGAAGCUCGACGAAGGCGGAUCAGUAUCUAUGUGGUAACGUUGAGGGUACGGUGGGAUUCAACUGUACGGGCGAUGUGUGUGUUGGUUCAAGUGCUACUGGGGGUUGUUGA